AUUUAACAAAACAUAAAGUGAAAAAUCCUCAGACUCCAAAACAAUUUAAUCAAUGGCGUACUAAAUGGAUGGAACUUUAUAAACAAUCUAAUUUGAGAAUUCCUUUGGAUAUUUAUAUAAGAGAAUAUGAAGAAUAUUAUAUUCCAAAAUAG